AAAUUCAGACGGAGCCGUUCACUUAAAAAUUGACGGAACUAUCUCCGGCAUAGACUUUUGCUUCACUGAAGAAAAAGCGCCUUAAUGUAAAACGCCAUAGAAUAAAUCGGAUUACGAAAAAAUUGCAACUUUUACGUCACCUCAUUGUGUUGGAGUGUCUCAUAAUUCCUAACCUAUCGUUAAUCCUCCACUUGAAAUCAUACUGUCUGAUGUCAAGAAGUUUUCCAAAUGUACAAGCUCCAGUUCCACUUCCAUUGUCAAGGAUGCUGGUUCUCGCGUGACUGUGAAAUGAGUUACUCCUCGCGCCUUAGUAAACGGCAUUGAUUAUUUCGGUCAAUCCCACGAUGACGUCAUCGGUGAGCGACGAGGAGACCCGUGGGAAAAUAUCAAGCAACGAGGAAACCAAGGAUAAAACAGUGAGUGACAUAGAAAUCGGUGCAAAACCAGUGAACGAUGAAGAAUGUGGAGAGGAGGUAUCCUGGCGGUGUUGGAUUCGAACCUUAUUUGCUGCGAGUGGUGCGAUGAUGGUAUUCGUGUUUACAGGCGUGACUGAAGCGCAAUCAGCCGUAAUGUUGCCGCAGUUGAAAAAACCUGAUAGUUACAUUCGCGUUGGUCCAGACGAAGAAACAUGGAUAGCAAGUCUGGGGAUUCUACUGGCUCCACCAUCAGGAAUCCUGGUUGGACCAGUCAUCGACGCCUUCGGCAGGAAGAAAGGUCUCCUCUUCUUCUUCCUCUGCAUGGGGCUAGGUUUCGCCGUCAUCGCCUGUGCAACCGAAGUCUAUCAUAUCUACAUUGGGCGGUGCAUUUGCGCCUUUGCUGUCGGACUAGAAGUGGUAGCAGUGGUAUACUUGGCAGAGAUCAGCACAAAACGUCAGCGUAGUGGCUUUUUCUCCAUGAUGUCGGUUGUCUUCUCUGGAGGCGUGACUCUCACUUAUCUGAUCGGUGGCUAUCUGCCUUGGUACAUUGCUUCAGCCAUCUUUAGCGCUGGGUGUUUUGCCUACUUUGCUGUUGUUUGCUUCGCUCCAGAGUCACCUGCGUGGCUGUUCAAAACUGGGCAGAUUGACGCUUCAACUAAGAGCUUCCUGCGGCUGGGGCGAUCACAUGUCGGGAUAGUCGCCGAGCUUGAGAAUCUGAAACUUUCAUCAAAGGAAGAUGAUGAAAAGCUGGAAUUUAAAGCAUUUCUGGAGCCUACGGUCUGGAAACCGUUUGUUAUUCUGUCGAUGUACCACAUAUUCCAAUGUGGAACUGGCGUUUACGAUAUUUUGUACUAUACAGUUGAUUUUGUUGAGAGUUUAGGAACAAGUUACGACCCUCUUCCAGUUUCUAUUCUUCUCUCCGUUGCAAGGCAUCAGUCUCGCGGAAGUUCGCGACGGCUUUCUCGGCGUUCUGGAUGGCGGUGACCCUAGCUGGGACAGGUGUGUACACUUACGUAUACCGGGACACAACUCAGAAGCCCUACGACUGGUUCCCGAUAGUCUGCAUGCUCAUCAACAUCGUGGCCAGCGCCCUGGGGGUGACGAGUCUACCCUUGCUCAUGUCCGGGGAGGUCUUCCCACUCCGGGUCCGAGGGGCCAUGACCGGCGCGUCGUUUCUCAUCGGGCUGGGGGCCUUGUUCGUCGUCGUCAAGAUCUACGCCUUCUGUCUGCAGAUCCUCCAGAUCUGGGGGUUGCUCUUCGUCUACGCGGUGUUCUCCGUGCUGUGUGUGCUUCUCGGGGUGUUCCUCCUGCCGGAGACGCAGGGCAAGACGCUCUGGGAGAUAGAGCAGGGGUUCUUGCCGAAGAAGGACCGGCGGCGGAAUGGCGAGUGAAGGACUGAGGACACUCUCAAAUCAGGGGUCAUCCACAAAUGAAUCAGUUGGAGCGAAAACACACCAACUCGGAAAAAUGAAGCUAAUCAAGACACACGCAGAACUGCAUGGUAGGCAAUGAAGUUAGUUUAAGAAAGAGAUUUUUGAUGCUGAAAGACAAGUAGUUGUGGACACUUUAAAGGACCAAGUUGGAACAGAUGCGCCAGUUUCGAUGACCUUUUUGUAAAUUAACUGUCCUUUAUGAAAGUGAGCAUUUUCGAGUUGCCGAGUCGGUGUGUUUUCGUUCUCACUGAUUCAAAUGAUUUCGAGAUUUUUUCUUAUUUUUUUUACAAUAGAAGUGAAACAUCAUCAUGAGGCAAAUUUUUGCGGGUCGAUUUGGUCGAAGUUUUUAACUUACUGCCAACCACCGUUACAACAAAAUGAAAUUCCCUCCGCGCGCUUACAACAUUAGGUUUCCAUGCUGGCUGCAAUGACGACCACAUCCAAAAUUCUCGACCCACCUCCAGAGGUGGGUUGGAAAGAGGAUGGAUACAAACAUUGGCCAAAGUUCAUCAAGCAGCUGAGUUUAUUUCUUAACUGCAUCGGAGCGUUUUUCUCCUUUGGUUUGCAACCCUGUCGAUCGAUGAAAAAAUUGACCAAAUCCACCCACGGAAAUUCACCCAUGAUGAUUUAUUUUGAUACUUUUCAAUCAAUGCGUACUUUGAGAUUAUCAGUGCUUGGUUCUAUAUUGAAGAAUGUUUCUUCCUAGCUUUACCAAUGAGGAGAAAAAUGGGCCCUCAAAGCAUAUUGAGGAGGGAAAUCGAAACCCUGUUCAAAAUUAAUCUCACUUCCUCAUUAAACCAUAGGAAGAGAGGAAUAAGGGGGAAAAAAUUACAUCUCUUAAACGAUUCCUCUAUUUAAGCCUUGUCCACGCAAGCACGGUUCCGGGAACUUGUCAUGACUUAUAUGACUUGUUCCUCGAAUCCUCUAGUUCGUAGAACUAAUUGACGCAAACUGUGCUCGCUUGGACAAGGCCUUAGGUGUGCCUGUAGUUCAUUAAUCCUUGUCUGUGGUAUAAUUAUGUGAUACAUUGAUCCAAAGUUUCACUCAGCACUCAUUUUCAUCAUCUUCAUUAAUAUGUAAGACUUACUUCACUGCCAGCAUGUAUCGAUGUAAAUAAAUAAAUAAAUAAAUAAAUAAAUAAAUAAAAAAUGAAA